ACCUGAUCCAUCCCUUCCAUCAUCGCGUCUCGAUCACUGAGGCAAGCAGUACGGCCCCCUCACCCUCCUUGACCUCUCGCCGGUACACGUCAACCCUCGUCACAGGGCUUCUCGCGCAACACGCUAACGCCAACGCGCGCAUUCUCGCUCCUACCUUGCCUCGACACCUUCCUCGUCCUCUGCAUCCGCUGCACACGUCGGUUGCUAUUGCUCAUUCCUCCUUCUGCGGCGACAUUCAGCUGGCGCGAUCGGAUCGCCAUCAACGUUGCCUGACUUGCGAUUUGACGAGACUAUCACAUCUCUUCAAGCCUCGAGCUCAGCAACACGACGAGACAGGCUGGCCAGUCGUCGUCGUGGGCCUCUAGGCGCUGCAUUCAUUGAGCGACAGCAACAGCAGCAGCAGCAGCUGCCACAGCGACAUUAUGUCGCAAUCAACCUUCUUGAGCCCAGAUGCGGCUCAUCAUCAACAGCAGCAGCAGCAGCAGCAGCAGCAACUCCUCCACCAGCAACAGCAGCAGCAGCACAUCCACCCUUCUCAUCUUCAGCACUCGCAGCUCCCACCUGGCUUCGAUGCAUUCGGCGGUACAGACAGCUUCUUCAGCGGAGAUGCCUUGUGGGGCAUGGGUGGCGGCGGAGCAGCUGCGCAACAGAUGGUAGCCGCCAUGAGCGCACCACCCCCAAGUCAGUCGUCGACGUCUGCCGCAGGAUCGCCGGCCUCGAAUGGUCGGGGACCCAGCGGAAGCAGUGCGCCGAUGAAACGGCGUACGGGGUCGUCGAUGGGUCGCUCGCCUUCCAAUGCAGAUGGAGCCUCACCACUGCACCUUCAGGCGGCUCAAUCUGCUCACUCGUCGCAGACAUCGUCGCCUAAUCACCAGCAGACGGCCUUCUUCAGCGGGGGAGCAAUGGCCUCCUCUCCCACCUCGCAGCAAUUCACCAGCGGCGCUGAUGCCUCGACCACCACACCAGGCCCGCAUCGGGGCAAUAGCCACGCCAACACCAUGGGUACUCACUUCACCAUGCCCGAUCGCUCGGAUAGUCUGCAGUCUCUCAGCGGCUUUGACCUCAAGAUGGGAGACGACCAGCAGCAACAGCAGCAAGGCACGCCCGGCUCUUCGGGGGAGCGAGGGGCAUCUGGUGCGGCCGGUACAUCGGGGGCAGACGGCGCCGGUGAAGGCGCAGAUUCGGCGGCCGAGAAGAACAAGUCAAGCCGCUUCGUCUUCAAGCUGAUGAGAAUGGUCUCUGACCCAGAGUCGCAGCACUUGAUUAGCUUCAAUCCUUCGGGGACCAGCGUGGUGGUCACCAACUUUGAUGACUUUGCCAAGGAGGUUUUGCCCAAGCACUUCAAGCACAGCAACUUCUCCUCCUUCAUCCGCCAAUUGAACAUGUACGGCUUCUACAAGGUGAACAAAACUCCUCGGGGCCAGCGAACAACGAAUGAUUCUCAAGUCUGGGAGUUCUCCCACCCCAAGUUCAUCCGAGGCCGCACCGACCUCCUCGAAGAGAUUCGCCGAAAAGCCCUCGACAACGACCACGCGCGUGUCGAAGCACGCGACUUGCGCUUCAAUGUGUCCUUAGGGCAGCUGCAAGUGCGUCACCACCUCGAGGAGAUGCAGUGGCGUCUCGACCAGACGAUGGAGCAGAACUUCCAGCUGAGGGAGUUUGGCCUCGCGAUGCGGGAUGUAGUGGCUCAGGUGCUUGAAUACAUCAAGGCGACGAAUGGCGGACAGAUGCCCUUUGAAGUCAGGCUGCCGCAGCUGGAUCCCUUGGCAAUGAUGCACAGCCCAAUGCCGCCUGCAUCUCCCUUUGGCCCCCCGCCGCCGGGAGGGCCGGGCUCGUGGAACAUGCUGCCUAGCCAGCCAAGCCCUCAGAUGCACUCUGGGCCACAGAUGGGGAUGAUGGGGCCGCCCGGGCAUGCUGUCCACCACCAACAGCAGCAACAUCAGCAGGACCGACCCUCUAUCUUCGUCACUGAGCCUAUCGCAGUGGGACCUGGUCAUCAUCACAACCAAGCAGCAGGAAUGGUAGGCUCCGUACCGCCCUCGCCGCAGGACAUGAACGGCGCCUUCUCGAUGAGCAGCAUGGGCAAUGUCUCACCAUUUGGCCCCUCUUCCAGGCGCGUAUCGGGCUCCUCAGAUCGACCCGACUUCCCGAGCAACAAUCCAGAAUAUUUUGCCAUGCCGAACGUAUUUGACGACGGCUCGGGAGGGCAGGGGUCGACGGACAACAUGGGCGGGCAAGCGACGAUUCGUCCGGGCUUUGCGAACCUGCCCAGGCGUAGCCUAUCGAGUCGAAGUGCGUCUAGCAGUGGAGGUGGCGGUCUGAACAUCCAGACGAAUCUUCCCGAAGGAGGACAGAUGAUGGGAGCGCCGGGAAGCGCAGGCGCAGGGCCGGGUGCCGCAGGCGGGCCUGGUCCGCAACAUGCGCACCUCGGCAUGCCAGGAGGAGCACCGCUUAACCCUGGCUUGGGCGUCAUGGGCGCGCCCAACUUUGCGGACCCUUCAUCAUUUCAGCAACAGCAGCACUUUCAGCAGGCCAUCAAUACGCCGCUCCCUCCCUCGCCGGCCAUCCCUGGCUAUCACCCGCACGCGCAGAGCAUGACUCCGCAGCAGCAUCACGCACAGCAGCACUCAAACCAGCAGGGCAACAAUUACCCGCACGGCGCCGGUGGUUCUGGCGGGCUGAGCGGCAUGAAUUCUGCAGCGGCUGCGGCAGCUGCCGCCCACUUCCAAAGCGCGUUUGGUCCUGGGGGUCAUGGUGGUUCGGGGGGCGUCUCACCUAGCAUGCUGUCCGCUCCGUCGUUCGAUGCCGGUUCGGGCAUGAAUGCUGGGGCAAGCGGGAGUGCGAUGGGCACACCGGCCUUGAGCUCUUCGCCAUCGUCAAGCUUGCCGUCUGCUUUGCUUGAUGAUGGAGAUGAUGAGCACGAUGAAGGUGGCCCCUCUAAUGGUCUUGGCCUCGAUGAUGACGAAGAUGGCGACGACACCAGCAACUCAACGGCCGCUGACACUAGCCUGGACCUCCUCUCAGCUCCCUCUACGGCAGACACGGUGGCCACCUCGACCACGUCCGCAUCCACCUCUCGUCAUUCGGCCUCCUCCUCCAUCUCCAAGCGUAACAAGAAGGCAAUGCGUACCCCGCUGAAGCGCACGGCGAGUGGAAAUAAUGAGGCGAUGGGGACUGGACUCAUGGGAAUGAUGACCCCUGCCGGGGCUGACGCCAUGGGUACGCCCACGGGCAGGGGGGCGAUGGGUCAGCAGGGACAGGGAAAGAGAAAGACGCCGCAUUGAAGUGCGGACCAGGCACUGCGUGCGAAGAGAAAGGGAGCGAGGAAGGAGCUGACCCUCGACAGAGGCAAGAAAAAAAGCUAGCCUUCUCGUUAACUGACGGACACUAAAGAGCGUGCAGUCGUAUCGUAUACCACCCCACCCCACACUUCCCCAUCUCCUUCCUCGACAGCUUUACUGCUUUUCUCUCGCUCGCACGUCUACUUUGUCACACGCUCUGUUGACCUCAUCCUGCCACUCGUUAUCCUGCCAAAACCCCGCCAAGACCCCCUUCACACACACUCUCUCUCGCGUAGCCGCCACUGCGUUGUGCGCGCUCCACUCUGUUCUAGUAUAUAUCCUGCCAAAUUCAGUCGAUUGAUUCACGAAACGC